UUUUAACUAUAUUUCCCUUAGGUUAUACUUAUUUCUCUUCAACGGAUUAGUAGUUUUUUUUCUAUAUGCUGGAAUUGGAUUAAGUUUGCUGAAACUGGUGCUGGAUAAGAUGGAUACCCAUAUUAUUCAUCACUCAACCCAUUAUUUAUCCAUAAAAUAUAUGAUAAAUAGCCUAAUUUCGAGGGUCUUCACUGUCCUCGUUGCUGUGAAGUAGCUCGCCAGCCCCAUUGAAGGCAAACAACGACAUUGUAUGGCUAUUCCUCUAUUUCGAGGUUUCCGAAGACUUCCGUUACUUUCACUUCACAGGCCUCUAUCCUCUUCCUCUACCUCUUACAGGCCAAUUCUUGGAAACCCAGAAAGCUUUUUGCACUUGUCAAGGUUUGUGCCUCAGAAUAGCUUAAUCCGACAAAACCCAUGUUGGGACUUCAGGAACUUUAGCCAUGGAAGUGUGAAUUUUGUUAUAACAAAAGAUGGGAAACCCAAGUUUGAGACACAUGAAGUGGAAGCACCAAAGAAAGAGAAAUGGAAGACAAAGAAGAGGCUGAAACUGCAAAGGAAGAGAGAGAAGAAGAAGAGAAAUGCUGCAAAUAAGAGGGAUCCAAGAAGGCUUGGUCUAAAGGGGAAGAAGAAGAAGCAGAAGUUUGACACUGCUGAAGAAAGAAUUAAGCAGAAGAUAGAAAAUGCAAAAGUCAAAGAAGCUUUGUUAAUUGAGAGACUAAAGCGAUAUGAGGUUUCCAAAGUUCAAGGUCCUGAGGUUAAGCCACACUUUCUCACUGGCGAAGAACAAUUCUAUAUCAAAAAGAUGGGGCAAAAAAGGUCUAAUUAUGUGCCAAUUGGCAGAAGGGGAGUCUUUGGAGGUGUUAUUCUUAAUAUGCAUUUACAUUGGAAAAAGCAUGAAACAGUCAAAGUCAUAUGCAAACCUGGUCAAGUCCAAGAAUAUGCCGAUGAAAUUGCAAGACUGAGUGGCGGCAUCCCAAUUCAGAUAAUUGCAGAUGAUACAAUAGUUUUUUACAGAGGAAGGGAUUAUGUGCAACCCGAAAUUAUGUCUCCUAUUGAUACACUGUCGAAGAAGAAGGCAUUAGAAAAAUCCAAGUAUGAGCAGUCGCUAGAGUCUGUGAGACGUUUCAUUGCCAUUGCUGAGAAGGAACUUGAACUCUACUACAGACAUGUCGCCCUAUAUGGUGACCCAAGUAAUCGGAGUGCUUACUCCAUCCUUGAUGAUUCAAGAAGCACAAGAGGAAAACGAAAUGCCGAGAUAGGAGAGGAGAACUAUUCAGCAAGCGAAUCUAAUUUGUCGGAUCUUGAGUUGGAAAUUGAUGAUAGUUGUUCUGAUGACAACCAGUCUUUAAGUUAAUUUGAAUUUGAGGAUACUAACGAAUCAAGUAGUG